AAUAGCCACCACUGCUAACCAGUUAUCUGUCGGAAGCGGAUAACUGACGUUUGUUUUCGUCAAUAGACACGAAGCAUUCAUGAAAACUUUUUUGAACCCGGAAACAGAGACCUGUCUUAAUGUAUUGUUUUGCUGGCAACUAAAGAUUUUCCACAGGUGCUAGCAAGGAGCGGAACUUCGGAAUGUCAGAAUAUGACAUCUUUGGCAUACAGGAUGGAUGAAACCCAAAAGCUGGAGGACUCUUUCUUAGAAGAGGAGGAUGAGGUGGUUGAGGAGAUGGACACGGGAAAAGAGAGAGAGCCUCUGGCCAAACUCAGAGUCUUCAAUAAUGAGCACUUUCCAGAGACUGAACUUCCCCUCUUCCUCGGAGACAACGUGCUGGGCCGGGACCCCGCCUCCUGCAGCCUGCCCCUCUCCGCUCGCUCCGUGUCCAAGCGGCACGCCGUCAUCUCCAUCGCCCGUCUCCGUGACGACGGGCGCCGGGACGACGGCGCGACGGAGGCCCUCGUGUGGGACCUGGGCAGCAUGAACGGCACGCGGAAGGGCAGGCUUCGGCUGACCCCCCACGUGCGCUACGCCCUCGGGGAGGGGGACGUCGUGGUCAUCGCCGACCUGCCCUGUCAGUUCGUCCGCGCUGGGGAGGGAGGGGCCGGGCGCGGGGCGGGAGCGUCGGCCACGGCGGAGACGGGGAGAGGAAGAGGCGGGCCGAGAAGAAUCGCCAGGGGCUGCGUGUCGGAUUCCGACUCCGAGGGAGAGAUAAGCGUGAGGAAAGAAAGGAGGGCCAAGCUUUUCGUGCCCGACUCAGACUCGCCACGAGAAUCCAGUCUCUCCUGCUCUACUUUCCUCACUCCAACCAGCAGAUUUGUCCCAGAUAGUGAGGAGGAGAGCUCCAUCACUCCCUCUUCCGCGGGGCGACUGGACCGUUCUAGAACCGGCAAGACCCCAAAACACGUCUCGGACAGUGACCCCGAUGAUGAGGAGGAGGAGGACGAGGAGGAGGAGGCGGGAACGAACUCGCAUGUGGAUUGCGCUGCUAAAACUCCGAAGGCCGAGCCCAGCGGAGCACACCCACCCGUCGAGCCCGGCAGAAAUGAGGCCGAGUUCAAGAUCCGCGAUUCGGAGAGUGACACGGACGCGGAGGGGGAGGAGUCAGUAGGGAACGCCCCCGGCGCUGCGGGAGAUAAGGCCGUCCUCCCGGAGGCGGGACCAUCGACAGGCCCUGCGGCGCGUCCCGAGGAAUUCCAUCUGGACAGCGACACGGACGUGGAGGACGAGGCGGACGCCGCAACCGCGCCUGUGUCCGCGUCUGUGCCCGCGCGGGAUCAGAACACAAAACCGCCCGCCGCCGUACAGCAAACGGACUUCCAUCUGGACAGCGACACGGACGAGGAGGACGAGGAGGACGCCGCGACCGCGUCUGUGCCCGCGCGGGAUCAGAACACAAAACCGCCCGCCGCCGUACAGCAAACGGACUUCCAUCUGGACAGCGACACAGACGCGGAGGACGCCGCCGUCGAGCCCGAGCCGCCCUCGGCCGCCGCGGCGCAGGGCUUGGCCAUCCUCUCCGACAGCGACCCGGACGCGGAGGAGGACGAUGUCGCCCCGGCAGCCGCCGCGGCCCGGCGGCCCGAUUCCCAGACGGCCGCGCCCGGCGCCGGUCCGGCAGCGGCUGCCGCCCGUUUGGAGUCGGACAGCGACACCGACCUGGAGGAGCCGGACUCCGCCGAGCCGCAGCCCCCGGCCAAAUCCGAGCCCCACCCCCAAGACUUCAACCUGGACAGCGACACAGACGUGGAGGACGCGGAGGACGGAGGGGGGGCGGAGGGGAGCGCCGGGCUGGCGGAGAAGCCUGUGAGCUCCACGCCGCGGGGAUCAGCCUUAGAAGAGGAUGAAUUGGAGACCCAGCCUUUCAGCAGCACCUCGGACCCCUUCAGGCGUCCCUCUGCCCCUCCGCCGCUGGAGCCCAAGCCGCUCGAUGGCGGCCAGGAGGACUCGGGCGACGAGGACCUUGUCUUUGCCCCGACUCAGUGCUUUGAGCCUGAAGGACAGAGGAGCGGUCCGGCAGGGGACCUCGCGCCGGACGCCACCCAGCCCUUCCCCUUGGACCCCUCUGCUGCCGAGGGCUCGGAGGACCAGCCCACCCAAGCCUUCUCCUUCCAGCUGGGCCUGUCCCACUGCAGUGAGGCCACCCAGGCCUAUGGCCCGGCGGGGUCGGAGGACGACUCCGAGCUGGAGGCCACCCAAGCGUACGGGGAAGCCCCUCCUACCUGGGGGGAGAGAGAACGACUGGAGAAAGAAAGGGAAGAAAGAGAGGAAAAGGAAAGAUUGGAGAAGGACAGGAAAGAAAGAGAAGAGAAGGAACGAUUGGAGAAGAAGGAAAGAGCGGAGAAGGAGAAAAGGGAAAGGGAGGAGAGCGAAAGACUAGAGAAAGAAAAGGAAGAAAAGGCAGAAAAAGAACAAGUGGAGAAGGAAAGGAAAGACAGGCAGGAAAAUGAAAGCGCGGAGGUAGGGGAUGAGUCCGUGCCGACUGAAGCCGUCCCUGAGCAGGGGAGAAGGUCCCGUCGUAGUUCUGUUAGCUCCGUCAGCUCAGAGAGGUCCAACUCCAGCACCAGCGUGCCGGCCAGGGGGAGGGGGAGGAGGACCCAGAGGAAGACCGGGUCCCAGACCGAUCCUGUCCCCAUCCCCAGUCAGCAGGAAGAGCCCCCUACCCCCAAGCCCAGCGGGAGGGGGCGGGGGAGGAGAAGCAUGAAGGAGAGCGCUCCUGGCUCUGCGGGGACGCAGAGAGACCUGGACUCUGUGCGCCCUGACGCCGUACGGAAGGACGAUCCCAACCUGAGAGCACCUCGAGGGAUGAGCCGGGGCAGGAGGGCCAUCGACUCCCAUCCAGAGGCAACAGAGGCCAGCCAAAGUGCACCGGAUGUGAAGACUGCGGAGCCCGAGGGCAGCACCAAAACCAGGGGCAGGAGUUGCAAAGUCAGCAGUUCUGAUUCAACCGCGACAGAAAUGACUCGAACUGCAGAAGCAAUGGAGCCAAAGUUUGUGGAAACCCCUGCACCUACGACGAAUAGAACGAGGGGUAGGUCUCGUAAGGUAAACGAUCUGAACUCGACAGCAGCAGAAGUCGACCAAAGUACUGAGAUCUUGGAAACUCCUGGUGUGGAAACUCCUGCCCCUAAAGAAAACAGUAGGGCGAGGGGUAGGUCUCGUAAAAUAGGCGAUUCUGGCUCAGCGACGACGGAGGUAGAACAAACUACUGACAGCGUGCAGGCUCCAAGUGUAGAAACUCCCGCACCUAAAGCCAACAGUAGAGCAAGGGGUAGGGGACGUAAAGUGAAUGAUUUGGACUCGACGUCAGCAGAAACAGACAAAACAGUAGAGCCGGCUGCAACUACAAAUGAAGAAACUCCAAGUGUAGGAACUGCUACGGCUAAAGAAAGCAGUAGAGCAAGGGGGAGGUCUCGUAAAAUGAUCGAUUCAGACUCAACGGCAACGGAGGUAGAACAAACUACUGACAGCGUGCAGGCUCCAAGUGUAGAAACUCCCGCACCCAAGGCAAGUGUAGAAACUCCCACACCUAAAGCCAACAGUAGAGCAAGGGGUAGGGGACGUAAAGUGAAUGAUUUGGACUCAACUUCAGCAGAAAUAGACAAAACAGUAGAGCCGGCUGCAACUACAAAUGAAGAAACUCCAAGUGUAGGAACUGCUACGGCUAAAGAAAACAGUAGAGUAAGGGGGAGGUCUUGUAAAAUGAUCGAUUCAGACUCAACGGCAACGGAGGUAGAACAAACUGCUGACAGCGUGCAGGCUCCAAGUGUAGAAACUCCCACACCUAAAGCCAACAGUAGAGCAAGGGGUAGGGGAGGUAAGAUUAGUGAGAGUGCCAUAGCGACAACAGAAGCAGCCCAAACUGCAGAGGCUGUGGGAACAGGUGCGAAGGUUGAGCCCUCUAAAAGCACUGGCCGAGACAGGGGGCAGAAGAGGGCUCUUGAGGUUGAAGGGGGGGAGGUGAGCGGCUCUUUCAAAGUGCCCAGGGGCAGGUCGCGGAGGGGUGGAAGAGGAGCGGGGGAGCAGGAGGAGCAGGAGGUACAUGAGGAGGAGGAGGACACUGAACCCAGUCCACCUCAGAGUAAGGCGAGAGGGCCUUCUACACAGGGGAAGAAGGGACAGCAGAAGGAGGAUGAGGAAGCCAAGGGUCUUUCAGCUCAGAAAAUGGAAAGAAGCAAGCAGACCCUGGCCCUGAGUAAGGAGGAGGCUGAGGAAGAGGACAAGACGGAUGAAGUACAGACUGAAGACGCCGUCUCUGCUCCCAGCUCUGAAGAGCAGGAUGUGCCUCGGACUCCUACGGGGAGAAGCGUCCGGAAGCGGGCGGCCCCAGGCGAGUCCCCGUCCGCCGCCAAGACGCCUCGUCGCUCCGUGGCCAGCGCUCCCUCCCCCGAGGCUGGGGGUCAAAGCAGAGCCGUCGCUCAGGCUCAUAAGGUUCUGUUCACCGGUUUGACGGACACGUCGGGUGAGGCUGUGGUAGCGCGUCUCGGGGGCAGCCUAGCCAGGGGCGUCAGCGACAUGACCCACCUGGUGACGGACAAGGUGCGGCGCACCGUCAAGUUCCUGUGCGCCGUGGCUCGCGGCGUUCCCAUCGUCACCACCGAUUGGCUGGAGAAGAGUGGCAGGAGGGGCAGCUUCCUCCCGCCCUCGGAGUUCCUGGUGAAGGAUGCGGAGCAGGAGAAGAAGUUCAGCUUCCGUCUGGAGCAGUCCCUGCUCACGGCACACGCUCAGCCACUCCUGCAGGGCUACGAGGUCCACGUGACGCGCUCGGUCAAGCCCGACCCGGCCCAGAUGAGGGACAUCGUGUCCUGCAGCGGGGCCCGCUACCUCCCCAAAAUGCCGACCGUGCUCAAACCUCAGACAGUGGUGGUGUCCUGUGUGGAGGACGCCUCUCUCUGUAUCCCGGCCCUGUCCGCCAGCAUCCCUGUGGUCAGCGCUGAGUUCCUGCUCACGGGCAUCCUGCAGCAGAAGGCGGACCCGCUCGGCCACGCCCUCUCCGGUCCCGGGUUCGAGCCGGGGGCCAAGGGCGGAGCCAAGGGGAGGAAGAGGAAGUGAGAACUGAGCCUGCGGCAGAGGGCUUGGCGCCGACACCGUCAGCGGGGAAGCGGGAGAAGCAAGGCCAGAAAGAGGGAGAGAAAGAAAGGAGAGGAAGGAAUGAAAGCGGAAGACUGGAAGCUCUGCUGUCCUGGAGAUAUUUAUAGGAGCCCAGUUGGGAUUUUCUGUGCUGCUCGUCUGCUUCGCCUGUUUCUCUCUCCUCUCUCGCUCUGUCCAUCUCUGGAGAGAUGCUGUGCCUUUGGUCCUUCAGUGCCUCUCUUAGACUUUCCCUUCUUUUUUUAAACAGCUGAUUGUGUACUUAGUGCAUAUUAUAACACAGUAUGCAUGUUUUAAUAAAAUAGUGGGAAUGUGGCAUUGAGUUCACAACUGUGACUGCCGACUUGGAUUGUAAACUUGCGUUUGUAUUAUGCCCACCGAUUUCCUCCAGUUGAAUAAUAAUAUAGAUAAGCCUCUGUUAGCUAAAAUGUCAUAGUUUUAAAGGUAUUCUCUCUGCAUUAAUAUUACAUAUGUGUAUACACGUGCACAAUUCACAAAUCUGUAUAAUUGUUGGUUCUUAUAAUAUUGCCAUUAAACAAUUUUGUAGAAAA